GCGAGCGCUUCCGGGUCGUCCGCCCAGUUCUGCGGUUUUUGCGGCGGCUGAAGAAGUGAUAGGGGAAGUAGGUACCUCCCGCUGGGCUGCUGGCCGCGCCGCUUCUGUCGGCUUCGCGGCGGGAAGCGCCUUACCCACAGGACAUCAAUGCAAGCCUGAAUAAGAAAAACAAUUGCUUCCUCCUAAGCCAUGGCAUAUCAGUUAUACAGAAAUACCACUUUGGGAAACAGUCUUCAGGAGAGCCUCGAUGAGCUCAUACAGUCUCAACAGAUCACCCCGCAGCUUGCCCUUCAAGUCCUCCUUCAAUUUGAUAAGGCUAUAAAUUCAGCGUUGGCUCAGAGGGUCAGGAACAGAGUCAAUUUCAGGGGCUCUCUUAAUACAUACAGAUUCUGCGAUAAUGUGUGGACUUUUGUAUUGAAUGAUGUUGAAUUCAGAGAGGUGACAGAACUUAUUAAAGUGGAUAAAGUGAAAAUUGUAGCCUGUGAUGGUAAAAAUACUGGCUCCAAUACUACAGAAUGACUAGGAAAAAAAAUGGCUUUUUUAUGCCAUCUUCUGUUACUAUUCAUCGCUUUUUGAAGAGAAGCAUAGAAGAGACUUUUUUUAUUUAUUCUAGCAUUGCAGACAUGACUACACUGUGCUGUACUACCAGAAUUGAGUAGAAAAAGCUUAUACCUCUGUAGCCUCUUACAUUACCUUUACUAUACAGCAUGAAGAAACAACUUUUUUAAUGACAAAUCAAACAUUGUUGCCUUCCUAAGAACAUUCUUUAAUAAACUCAUUUUAAAACUCAA